GGGCUCUGCCUCCAUCGGUGAGACAGACGCAGUUUAGUCUGGUUAACUCUUGUUAGCGCAUAACCCAGCAUCUGUCAGCUCGGAGAACAGGUUCAUUCAUCAAAACAGUUAUUUGGUUGAAGUAAAUCUCUAUUUAAUAAUGUGCUUUUGAGAAACAUCGGCGCGUGAAAGUGUCUCGUGCGCUUCGUCUCACUGAAAGUUUGUGUGAAGUUGUUCAAUCUGGAGAAGAGAUAGGAUGUUCCGUCAAAGCGACGAGCUUCAAUGAAAUCAUGGUUUCAUACAUCAGUGGUAGGUGGUGGAGAUGGAAGUUCCAGAAGAUUCUUACAGUUAUUAUCCUGCUGCUUACGUGCCUUCCAACUUCAGCACCGAGCUGCUCCGAGAACUGCAAUGUGUCACUCACCGACUCCAUGGGGUCAUUUACGUCCCCCUGCUACCCCUCCGACUACCCACCCAGUCAGACCUGCAAUUGGACCAUACAGGCCCCAGCCGGCUUCAUAGUGCAGAUCACCUUCCUAGAUUUUGAUCUUGAAGAAGCGCACGGCUGCAUCUAUGACCGCGUCGUCAUCAGAACUGGCACAGCCAAUGUCAAAUUUUGCGGUUUAACAGCCAAUGGAUUAACGCUCAACUCCACUGGAAAUGUUAUGGAGGUUGCCUUUAAUUCAGACUUUAGUGUCCAAAAGAAAGGCUUCCAUAUCAGUUACAAACAAGUGGCUGUGACUCUGAGGAACCAGAAGGUCACAAUCCCAAACACCAGCAAGAACGUAGUGAGAGUGUCCAAUUCAGUCAACCUUCCUGAACUUACUGCAUUCACCGUGUGCUUUGAGAUUGCCCGGACAGCCCAGAAGAGCACAGAGACCAUUUUUACCAUGUCCAGUGCUGCUGGGACAUCCAUUUUGGCAUUCGAAAAGACAGCGAGAGGUAUGGAGCUGUUCAUAGGCAGUUCCUACUGCACGAUAAAUGAUCUGAUCACCAGCUCGGACAUCACGUCCAGCAUGAUGCUUAUUUGCCUCACCUGGGAAAAAUCAUCUGGCCUUGUGGCUGUGUACUCUGGAGGCGGCUAUCGGGCCAGCACCUGUUUGGCUUCUCAGGCUUACACCCUUCAGGGUGGAGUGAUCUUUCAGAUUGGAGGAAAGGGGGCAAGCUCGGUCAGUGUGGAUGGCCAAAAUAUGGAUGGUUUUAUUUACAAUUUUCGUCUGUGGAAUUAUGCCAUGCCUCACUCUGAGUUAGCGGCUCUCACCUGUGAUGCAGUGGGUAACAUCUUUGACUGGGAUCAUCAGUUUUGGACUAUUCCUGGCAGUUUAACACAGACUGACAGCACGCUCAGCUGCAUCUGUUACCCAAAUUGCAUACAUAUAACACCAGAUGCUUCAUCUAGUGGUACUGCCAUACCAACUCAUCCUCCAGUAAACCCAGGUUGUGCUUCAUCCGGCCUUGGCUGCCCAGCAACAUUAACCGUUACCAACGCAUCCAUUGCCACCACUAACAUGAUUUCUACUAAUGCAACAACCCACGCUCCUACUACCACUUUUUCACAUCUACUUUCCACAUCUACUUCUAGCAUGUCUCUAACCACAAAUUCUGCUCAACUCACACUGACUACUAGUGCUAAAACAACAACCACAACUACUGCUGCUGCUACUAACCCACCUCUGUCCAACAGCAAAACAAUUGAGGGUAUUUACUACAAGAUAUCCCUUUUGGUAAAUGUUGCAGCGACAAGCAUCCCAGUUGACACCAUGAUAGCUCAAUGGCUCAAUCAAACAUUUAACAACUGGAGCUACAAAGUUUACAUUGAACAUGUCAGGGCCGUACCUACCCCCCUUCUCUCAAGGGCUGCAACUACAGGAUAUACUUGCAUGGCCCUGCUGGUGUACACGAAUACGACUAAUGCAGAUCUGUCGGUGGGGGUGAUUAAAAACAGGCUGCAAAGUGCCAGUGCCAGUACCAGUGGCUUUAUUUUGAACAACAUGACUGUGAACUUAAUGGAAAACUGUAAGUCGGAAGAGAACCCAUUCCACUACAGAUGGCCAGAGAGCAGACCCACAGUCACCCAAUAUGUGCCCUGUUUUCCUUACAAAGAGCAGAACGCAUCCAGGAAUUGUAUGAUAAGCACAGAAAAUUAUACGUCAUUUUGGAGCUCCCCAGACUUGAAAUACUGCACUAAUAUAGAGAACAUUACCGUUACGCAAGAGAAUGCAAUAGAUGUGGCUGUACAGCUUGCUGAUAUUACCAACAAUGAGCUCUCCAUGGAAGAAGUUACAAAGGUUGUCUCGAAAGUAAUGGAGCUGGUGAACAUUGUCAAAAUCAACGUCACCCUGGCCAACACUGUGGUCACUAUUAUCUCCAAUGUGAUGACCAGCUCAGAUAACGCCCAGCUGGCUGCUUCAGAAACAGCUCUCAAAGCAGUGGAUGAACUGGUGCAGAAGGUUGAGUUUGAUGGACCUUCAUUGACCAUUAACUCCAAAUAUCUUGCUGUGGGAAUUUCUGCCUUUAACGCCAGCAAUUACAAUGGGAGUACGUUCAGUGCAUUCAUAGGCACAAAUACGACAGAUCCUCAGAUUGAUUUGGAGUCUGGGGCUCAUAAUGCUUUGGCUGUGGUGACUUUACCUUCCACACUGUUGCAGAACCUGAGCAGCACAGAAAUCGAAAGAACAUCCCGAUUAAAUUUCAUGUUCUUCAGCAAGACGGGACUUUUUCAGCACUUUGGAUCAUUCAUGGAUCAACACAGUAAUGGCCUGUCAUUGAAAAGCUAUGUGGUGGCAAGCAGUGUGGGCAACUUAAGCAUUAAAAACUUACAGGAUCCAGUCAGGAUAGAGAUCGCCCAUUUGGAGUACCAGAGAGAUCCAAAGCCUCUUUGUGUGUUUUGGGAUUUCAACCUCCAAAAUGGUAAUGGUGGCUGGAACAGCGAAGGCUGUGAGGUCAGUCUGGAGUCCAACAGCAACAUGACCAUCUGCUUGUGUAACCACCUCACACACUUUGGCAUUCUUAUGGACAUCUCUGGAGCUGCUGCACAGAUCGAUGAGAAAAAUAACAGAGUUCUUACCUUCAUCACCUACAUUGGCUGUGGCCUCUCUGCUAUUUUUUCAGCAGCAACACUGCUCACGUACAUUGCUUUCGAGAAAUUGCGGCGAGAUUAUCCCUCCAAGAUCCUGAUGAAUCUCAGCACUUCACUGCUCUUCCUCAAUAUGGUUUUUCUUCUGGAUGGCUGGUUGGCAUCGUACGACAGGGAGGGACUGUGUGUGACCGUGGCGGCCCUUCUGCAUUUCUUCCUUCUUACUUCAUUCACCUGGAUGGGCUUAGAGUCCAUCCACAUGUACAUUGCUUUGGUCAAGGUUUUCAACACGUACAUACGGCGGUACAUCCUCAAGUUUUGCAUUGUUGGAUGGGGUGUCCCUGCUGCAAUUGUUGGCAUUGUGUUGGCUGCGAGCAAAGAUUCCUAUGGAAAAAACUAUUAUGGGAAAGACGAGAAUGGAAACGGCACGUCAGAAUUCUGUUGGAUUCGUUCGGCUGUGGUUUUCUACGUGACAUGCGUGGGCUAUUUUUCCAUGCUUUUCCUAAUGAAUGUUGCCAUGUUCAUUGUGGUCAUGAUUCAGAUCUGCGGACGUAAUGGCAAGCGCAGCAAUCGGACUCUGCGAGAGGAGAUCUUGCGUAACCUUCGCAGCGUGGUCAGCCUGACUUUCUUGCUUGGCAUGACCUGGGGCUUUGCAUUUUUCGCCUGGGGCCCGGUCAGCCUGGCCUUUAUGUACCUCUUCUCCAUUUUCAACUCUCUACAGGGGUUAUUUAUUUUUGUGUUCCACUGUGCCCUGAAAGAAAAUGUACAGAAACAAUGGAGAAGAUACUUAUGCUGUGGAAAGUUCCGCUUGGCAGACAAUUCAGACUGGAGCAAGACUGCUACCAAUAAUACAAAGAAAGUGAGUUCUGAUAACCUGGGAAAGUCCCUGUCAUCCAGUUCCUUUGGUUCCACCACUGCAAACUGGACAUCUAAAGCCAAAGCCACACUAAACCCAUUUGCCAGACACAGUAAUGCAGAUAGUACCCUGCAAUAAUGCCAUGGAGAGACUUCCUGAGGUAAAACCAUUGCAAGCCAGCUUGAGUUUGCACUGCUUUUCUUUAUUUUGUGUGAUCAGCUUCCCCUUUUGGGAUAGACUGAAUUCAAUCCAUCGGCCCCUAGACAUGAUACCUAACCAAACACCCUCCUUAAUCCUUUUAUCCCCAAAACAGUC